UCAUUGAUAUAUUUACUUAACAGAAGAUGAUAAAGUACAUAGUAGCAUCUGUAUUUGUUUUUUCUCUAAUUCUUGGUGCAAAAGGGAUCAACUACAAGAAAUUAUAUUGCAAUGACAGGGACUUCAUUCCUAACCAGUAUUAUCCUCACCUUGACUGUAAGUCUAAUGCUUUCACUCUGUCAGUCACUCGUGUGCACAAAAUUAAAUUCGUGAAUGAAUAUGGACCUGAUUGUUCUCUAGUUCAUGAAGUUUUAAAUGAUCCUUCUCGUUUUAACAACAUCAGAAAGAUAAAAGCUGCUCUUGAAACAUUUGAAUGGACUGAAUGUAACAAAGAAAUGGAUGAGAAUGAUGAACACAUGCUAGAGCUUAAUGAAGAUGACGUUGAGAAUGAAGAUAGUGAUGCACAGAAUAUAAAGUGUAAUGGUGAUAUUAAAAACCCAUGUCCAGAUAUUUGCAAAUCAGAAUGGGAAUCUGAUAAAAAGAAGCGUCCAAAAAGAAAAAGUCAACUGGAAGGGGCAAACUACAAGGAGCUAUACUGCAACAACCAAGAUUUUGUUCCAAAUGAGUGCUUUCCUCGUCUUGAUUGUAAACCAAAUGAUUUCACACUCUCAGUCACUUGUGCACACAAAAUUAAAUUUGUGAAAGAAAACAAGCCAGAUUGUCUUCUAGUACAUGAAGUUCUAAAUGACCCAUCACGUUUUAAUAACAUUAAUAAAAUAAAAGUUGCUCUUAAAGCAUUUAAAUUUUAUGAGUGCCACAAUGAAAUAGGUGACAGUGAGAAAUGCAAGCAAGAACAUGCAGAAGAAACUGAUAAUAAGAAAAGUUCAAAGUGUACCCAUAUGAAGAAUCGAAAGAAAAAGCAGUGCGAAGACAAGAAAGCAAACUACGAGGAGUUAUACAGUGAUGAUGAGAAUGAAAAUCCUGAUUGUCUAAGUGGCAGUUAUAAAACAGAUUUAGAUGACGAAGAAACUGAUGAUAUUCAUAGUCUAAAAGGUAGCAAUCAGCAAGAAUUUUAUAAAUGGAAUCAAGAUGAAAGCAAUGAUGAAAACAAUGAGCAACAGUUAAAUGACAAUGAUCAAGACGAAGACAAGAGUAUAUAUACUCUUGACGAAGAUGAUGAUGACAAUCUAGGCCAUGACAAUGAACAAGAAUUGGAUGACAUUGAUCAAGAUGAAAGUGAUGACGAUGAUCAAGGCAAUGACAAUGAACAAGAAUCAGAUGACAUUGGUCAUGAUGAAAGAGAUGAUGAUGAUCUAGGCAAUGACAAUGAGCAAGAUACAGAUGACAUUGAUCAAGACGACGAAAGUGAUGACAACAAUCUAGGCAAUGACAAUGUGCAAGAUUCAGAUGACAUCAAUCAAGACAAAAGUGAUGAUGACAAUCUAGGCCAUGACAAUGAGCAAGAAUCAGAUGACAUUGAUCAUGAUGAAAGAGAUGAUGAUGAUCUAGGCAAUGACAAUGAGCAAGAAUCAGAUGACAUUGAUCAUGACGAAAGAGAUGAUGAUGAUCUAGGCAAUGACAAUGAGCAAGAUUCAGAUGAAAUUAAUCAAGAUAAAAGUGAUGAUGACAAUCUAGGCCAUGACAAUGAGCAAGAAUCAGAUGAAAUUGAUCAAGAUAAAAGUGAGGACAAUGAUCUAGGCAAUGACAAUGAACAGGAAUCAGAUGACAUUGAUCAAGACGAAAGUGAUGAUGAUGAUCUAGGCAAUGAUGAUGUUCAAGAAUCAGAUGACAUUGUUCAUGAUGAAAGAGAUGAUGAUGAUCUAGGCAAUGACAAUGAACAAGAAUCAGAUGACAUUGAUCAAGACGAAAGUGAUGAUGACAAUCUAGGCAAUGACAAUGAGCAAGAUUCAGAUGAUAUUGAGCAAGAUGAAAGAGAUGAUGAUGAUUUAGGCAAUGACAAUGACCAAGAAUUAGGUGACAUUGAUCAAGAUGAAAGUGAUGACGACAAUCUAGGCAAUGACAAUGAGCAAGAUUCAGAUGAUAUUGAGCAAAACAAAAAAGAUGAUGAUGAUUUAGGCAAUGACAAUGAACAAGAAUCAGGUGACAUUGAUCAAGACGAAAGUGAUGACGAAAAUCUAGGCAAUAAAAAUAAGCAAGAAUCAGAUGACAUUGAUCAUGACGAAAAAGAUGAUGAUGAUUUAGGCAAUGACAAUGAGCAAGAAGAAUCAGAUGACAUUGAUCAAGACGAAAGUGAUGAUGACAAUCUAGGCAAUGACAAUGAGCAAGAAUUAGGUGAAAGCAAUCAAGGCGAAAGUGAUGAAAAUGAAGAGAUAGAUAGUGAUAGUGUCCCGGACAAAAAACAUAACGAUGAUAAUUCGAGAGGCGGCAAGAUGGGCAAUGCUGGUCAAAAAAUUGAUAAUGAUAUAGGUUGCAACCGGCAAAUGUUAUUAGACAAUAUGGAAGAUGAAAGGGAUGGUGAAAGAGACAUUGAACAGGAAUGUGGUGAUAGUAUUAAAUUUUACCCAAGGAGUAACAAAAAAAGACCAACAAAUUAUAAGGAGCUAUACUGCAAAGACAAAGAUUUCAUUCCAAAUGAGAAAUAUCCCCAUCUUGAAUGUAGAGAAGAUGCUAUUGCACUUGCACUCAGUUGUGAAAAAAAAAUUUCUUUUAUCACAGAGAAUGGACCAGAUUGCCCAUUACUUCAUCAUGUCACUGCCGACCCCUCACAAUUUAAAAAUAAAAUUAAAAUAAAGGAUGCUUUGGAAAGAUUCAAAAUUCUUGCUUGUCAUCAAGAAACAAACAAUAGUGAUAUAGAUCAAUACAUACAAGAAUCAAAAGAAAGUGGGAGAAGUAAAGAAAAUAAAAGUACAAAGAAAAAGUAACCAGGCAGAAAGAUAUAGUGUGCUUUGAAUAUGCAUUUACAAUUUAGCUUGGUUUAUAUUGAUGACUUUCUAUUCUAUGCAUACACAUUACUUGCAGUAGUAAAAGCUAUUAAUAAUUUGUUAAUUUUUA